GUCUUCCUCAUAUUGUCUGUCAUUGAUGUCGUUGUUCGAUUCGUCUUCUAGUAAAUUGUUCGAAAAGCCAGGCCAACUCCUGUGCAGCAAUGUCAAGUGUCUUACCAUGGACUCAAAAGCACCGUACAGUGUCUGGCAUCUCAACGGUCUGACGGAGCUUCUGCCGCAGAGCCGAUGAGGGGGACCGAGGGGUAAGUCGGAUUUUGAACAGAGCAAUUCACGUACAAACUGUAGUCCAUCUGGGUUCCCCAUGACCCAGUAACUAUUGUUUGCAGACAACGUUUGGAUUCUUGCCGUGAACAAAGGACUGCUGGUUCAACCGUGACUUCCCGGUGCCGACUCUCCCAAUCUUGAUCUCGGAUCAUCUCACAUAUCUCCAGCAUCCGAGCCACGAGUCAAGAGAAAUACUUACAAUGUCUGACGCCGCAACAGUCGCCGCCAAUACGUUACGGGCAAAACAAAAGCCUCUCAAAGACAAAUAUCGAUCAGAUCCUUCCUCCGCGCUGGUCACAUUGUCCUCAUCUGGAAGUCUUGAUCCAACAUCGACCAGCCUGACAUGCUCCCUAGCAGCGGGACAGGCGGCUCGGAAAGUAGCUGGUCUUCACAAGGCCGCUGGUGGUGAAGGCUUCGAUGCAUCGGGUGAGCUGUGCUCGGGCGACAUGCUGCUGGAAUCUUUAGUGGCUUGCUUUGGUGUGACGGUGCGAGCAGUCGCAACAAGUCUGGGCAUUCCCAUGAAUCGUGGCUCGGUCACUGUCGAAGGAGAUCUGGACUUCAGAGGCACCAUGGGCAUCAAAGAUUCUGAUGGUAAUGCAGUACCUGUUGGAUUCAAGAACAUCAGACUCAUUGUGCAGCUUGAUGUUGAUGAAGAACACAAGUCCAAGGUCGACAAAUUGAUCGAACUCAGCGAAAGGUACUGUGUGGUAUUGCAGACAAUUCGAAAUGGUGUCAAUGUCGAGACCAAACUAGGAUCUGUUCCGGACACCGGUAAAAGCAAUGAAAACACCCUAGACGGGGGCCAGGACAUUCCCGCAAACGAAGAUGUGUUGAAGUUAAACUAGGAUGGGAUAGCAAGGGCAAAUGACACAUUUCUCCGUACACUACUCCGUACAUCGUGGGGAGAUUUUGAGAUCUGCACGACCUCGCCAGGUAUUGCUCCAGGGAUGAGCUUUGUCGGGUCCUGCGGGAAAUGCCUUGCCUCAUGCGAGGAAGCAGAAUGUCAGGCUCAUACUGCUACUUACACGAAUGCGUGUCUUCAAUGAUUUGAUUCCGGAUUCCGA